AUGCCUGCCAGCCACACAUCCUCUCAGGAUAACCAUGCUGGAAGCUCCAGCAGCAAGGCUGCUGAGAAGCAUCCCUCCGACGGAAAAGCCUCCCGAGAAAGCCGUCUCGAAAGAUACAAGAAGGACAACGAAGAUGAUCUAUUUUCCCGCCUCCACGAUGCCCAACCCACCUCUCAGAAUCCCAAAGAAAAGUUUGGUCCAUGCUUCGCGAAGCUCCCGUGA